GUACCUCGAUGAUAUACUUAUUUUUAGUAAGACCGUCGAGGAGCACGUAGCACACUUAGACAAAGUUCUCAGUCUCCUGCGACAGCACAAGUUCAUGAUCAACGGUGAAAAGUGCGAGUUUGGCCACACCCGUAUCUUGUACUUGGGUCAUGAGAUCUCCGCGGAAGGGUUGAAGCCCGAUGACGCGAAGGUGGUCAGCAUUCGUGAUUGGCCACGUCCUCAGUCUGUGACUGAGAUGAGAUCUUUCUUAGGAAUGACGGACUACUAUAGGACUUUCGUUAAGAACUACAGCAUAGUGGCCGCUCCUUUGACUGAUCUGACCCGCCUUGACACCCCUUCGGAGUGGACAGAUAAGUGCGAGGCUGCUUUCAGACAUCUGAAGCAUGCAUUGAUGCACUAUGAAGUCUUGAAACUUCAUGAUCCUGACAAGCCGUUUAUAGUUACAACGGAUGCCAGCCAAUAUGGCAUUGGCACCGUGCUUGCGCAGCAUGAGGGGCCAAAGUUGAGGCCAGUAGAGUACAUGUCCAAGAAAAUGCCGUCUCAGAAGUUGGCUAAGUCCACUUAUGAGAAGGAACUCUAUGCGGUGUACAAGGCUCUCACCCAUUGGAGACACUACCUCCUUGGGCGGUUCUUCAUCCUCCGGACUGAUCAUCAGACCCUGAGAUGGAUGAGAACACAGCCGGUACUCUCUGACGCUCUCAAGCGUUGGAUCGAAGUCAUUGACGAAUAUGACUUUGACCCUCAGUACCUCAAAGGGGAGUACAACAAGGUUGCGGAUGCCUUCUCGCGCAGACCGGACUUCUCAGGUGCGCUGAUUACUGAGUUCGAUCUGACGGACAAUGUUACUCAGUCUUUGGUGGAAGCCUAUCGUCAGGAUCACUUUAUGUCUGAGAUCAUACGCAGACUUGAGGCGAAGGAUAAGAAGACCUCCGCCGAGUUUGAGUUUGUCAAUGGUUUGCUGUUCCUAGAGAAGGCAAGGAAUAAACGCUUAUGCGUUCCAAAUAGCGAGUCUUUGCGUAGUUUGUUUUUAGGCGAGUGUCAUGAUGCCACCGGCCAUUUUGGGUACAAGAAGACCGCCGCCAACUUGCUGCAGCGGUUCUGGUAGCCCACGAUGAUGAAAGAUGCACAGUUGUAUGUGGAAACUUGUCAAGUAUGCCAGAGAGACAAGCCCCGUACUCAGGCUCCUCUUGGGCUGCUCAAGCCCCUUCC